UAUAUAUAUAUUUAAAAUAACUCACCUUCAUCAAUGCUGGAAUUUCCAUGAAGAAUGGCAACAUCAGAUGUCCUUCAAAAGUUUUUGGGCAAUGACUCUGUCGAUUUAAACAGCAAAACAAUUCCCAGUUUUGCAUUUUCACAGAGCAUUGAUGGGUUCAGUGUGACAAUGGCAGUUCUCCACCUUGCUGUAUGUAUCACUGGACUAGGAGCAAACUCUUUGGUCAUUAUUGCCAUCCUCAAGCUGGAUAAAAUGGCAUCUGCCACAACUGUUUACAUCUUCAACCUUGCUUUGGCAGAUGGACUGUUUAUGGUGGGGCUUCCAUUUGUGGCUUUCCAGAACUUCCAGAACCAAUGGAUCUUUGGUGAUUUGGCAUGCAAACUGCUUAUGGUGUUGGAUGGAAUGAACCAGUUCACUAGCGUGUUCUGCCUAACAGUGAUGAGUGUGGACCGCUACAUGGCACUAGUGGACCCCCUUCGUUUUGCACGCUGGAGAACUCCAAAGCGGGCUAAAAUCAUAUCUGCCUUUCUAUGGGUUUUCUCCUUGAUCCCUGUCCUACCCAUGGCUCUCCACUUCACUGUGCAAUAUGGUUUAUGUAUGGCUGAUAUGUUUUUGGGCAAAUGGUGGAUGUCUUUCCUAACAUACACAUUUGUGCUGGCUUUUGUACUUCCCUUUCUGGUGAUGAUCAUCUUCUACACAGCUCUGGUGCUGACCCUGAGGAUCUCCAGGCAAUGUGACAGGAGUUCUACCCCUUCAGAGGAGAGCCAGAAGUUUGAGAAGCAGAUUACCAAGAUGGUGGUAGCUGUGGUUCUAGUCUUUGGGAUAUGCUGGUUGCCUUUUUAUGUCUUUAACUUCUGCUCACUGUAUGGUACAAACGUGACACUCACUUUUGCACGUGGCUUUGAGAUUGCAGUGCUCUUGUCCUAUUCAUGGAGCUGUGCUAACCCGAUCCUGUAUGCUUGCCUAUCAGAGACCUUUAGCAAGUACUUCCGCACUUUACUCUGCCCAUGCAUGAACCCUCCCAGGAUGCACUGCAACAGAGACACAGAGGCCUAUGAUUUGCAUUACACAAAUGGGCAAGAUGUAAGUGUGCUAACUUAAU